AUGGAAAAUCCAACAACAAACCUCCCAUUUAAUCCGCGGGAAUAUCUCGAAGCAUGCGAAAAACUAACUCAGGAAUCUGGAGCAGAGGAUCGUAUGGUAUGUACUCUCUUGUCUGUCGUCGGAUGGAUCUGUGCCUAUAUUCUACCGAUUAUAUGUGGAACUGGUCUUGUUGGAAGCACAAUGAUAAUCAUAAUUAUCGUAAGCAAACCACGACAUCUUACUCGACCACUAAUUUAUCUGAUAUGCAUGCUCAUUUCCGGUUGGGUGAGCAACAUUUUGAUUGGCUGGAUACGUCUGUUCCCCUCCAGAGGUCUUCCCUACGCUACAAAUGGAACAAUCUACUUCUAUGUUCGACACAUAAGCCCACUGUCAUGUACAGCCACCAGUAUGGUGUCCAACUGGUUCUUCGCGUUGUACUCAAAUGUUCUUAUAGUAGCCAGUUUGGAUCGUUUCAUGGCCAUCUUCUACCCAGUCAGAACGAUGCACUUGCGAAACCGUCAUGCUUGGAUGGCGGUGGGAACCGCCUCAUUGUUCACUACCCUUACAAUAUUACCUACGUCAUCGAGUAUUACCUGGGUUUCUCUAGGCAGCCAGCGCGCUUGUUGGUAUCGGAAAGACCGUACUGCAUCACUGGUUAUCGAGCAGCUCUUUUCAUAUAUCUUACCCCCAUUUGUAAUCGUGACCUUGAACGUGCUAUUUUAUGGCCGUAUAAGGAUAAUGUACGGCAAACGCGGUAAGCUUGGGAAACAUUCCACCGAAUUCCAACAACUAAGAGCAUCCCUUACACUGUUCCUUCUUUCCACAUGCUACGUCGUUUUCACAAUGCCGGGAACUGUUUUUAUUUUUGAUUCACUCGUGAAUAUUGGAAAAGAGGAGCAAAGGGGGCAUAUCAUCCAGAUCUCUAGAGGCACCGUCUAUUUGCUGUGGGCAGUAUUCUUUCUACGAGAGUUGGCCAACAACUGCGUAAUAAUUAUCCAAGUUCCCGUGGUGCGUUCUGUUGUUCAAAGAAAGUUUCUCAGCCUUCAUAAGUACGUUGCUAAAAAUUCGUUGACAGCCCACGACCUGUUUCGCCCUCCUUUGGGCUCAUCAAGUAGGCGCAGUCCCAGAGUUUCCGUCAACCCUAUAUUCUACUUGAAAUCAAAUUGCACGAAGUUAGCGAAAUACACUCAUUUGCAAACUAUUUUGGUUUUCGCGAGAGACUCACUCGGAUUCCAGCUGAAUCUCCCGUUUGUGAUGAUUCCAGGCAACUGA